UUAUACGCAUGUUUUCGACGAAAUAAGAAACUUUCUGUCUAUAAAUACUGUCAUUCAUUAUUAUAUAUUCAGCAGUGAUGUGGGUUCCUUAAUUUACAAAAUAGUAUUAGAAUAAGCUAGUUAUUGUUACAGUUGCUGAGUUCUUUUCAAGUUUCUCCGGAAGAACAAAAACAAAUUAAUUAAUAAACGUUCGUCCUUGUCUAACCUCUAACAUCCGCCCUUUGCCCUUACUUAUAGCAAAAGUGAUAUGAGUUUACUAAUGACAAAUGACAGCUCAAGAUUCUGUAAAUAACAAAUGAAAGCUCAGGAGUAACAUUACUCUGAUGUACUAAUGAAGAUGAAGUCCGUUGGAAGCAUUAUGAACUACUAUAUCGAAAGGACAGCCAAACUUUAUUGAGAGUUACUACAAAAUUAACAUAGCAUCAUAUUAAUGUACAGGGUGUUAUAAAAAUGGAUUUUUCUAAAGAUACAGAUAUCAUGAAAUAAUUAUAGAAGUUAUCUAGAAGUUAAUAAUAGCAGAAUGAGUGAAGAUAUUUUGGAAAAACUUAUAAAAAGUAAGCAUUCUCAAAAUAUAAACAAUGUAUCUGAACAUAAAUUGGAAAGUGAAAAACUCGUAUUAACCAUUCCGAAUUAUCUGUCAGAGCCCCAAAGUGUUAAUGUUGAAAUGAAUAUUCCUGAUGGAGAAAAAUCGGUUGGAAUAGUUGAUAAUGAUAAAAAUAAAGAAAAUAAAUGUGAAGAUAAAAUAUUCAGUUCAUUACAAACUUCAGAAAAGAAUAUAUCAAAAUCCAAUUCUCGUGAACCAGAGAUAACAUUCACUGGCAUAGUUUCUAAAUCACAUCAGUUAAAAUCAAGAGAGUCAUCAAUGAGCUCGGAUAUACUACAAGGAUCGAGGUCUUCUUCGCUAUCUCUGAAUGACACUGUUAUUGAUAGUGCAUCUACAAAAGACUUACUAACGCCACUACUAGAAUCGAAGUCGGAAUCGAUAUUAAAAUCGAUAUCAAUGGCAAGUUCCGAUUCUGAUUCGACGUCAGCCGCAAAAUGUAGUUUAAAUCAUGAGAAUUCAAUAUCAUCAAAAAAUAUGCGUAGAAAAAGUAGAUCAAGAUCAAAAUUUAGAUCUAGGUCUAGGUUAAAAAUGAAAAGAAAGUCAAUUUUUAAAAAUCAAUCAGAACCAAGGUCUAUGUCAAGAUCAAAUACAAGAGAAGAGUCUAGGAGUAUGUCAAGAUCGGAAUCAGAAAGAUCGUUAUCAAGAUCAAAAUCGGGGUCUAUUUCUGAUUCUACGUCGAGAUCGUCUUCUAAGUCUAUUUCAAGAUCAAGAUCACCUUCUCGAUCAAGAUCGAAAUCACUUUCUCAAUCCAGAUCGAGAUCUAGUUCAUCCAAUUCAAAAAAAUCAAGGAACGAGAGCGAAAAAUAUAUUAAAAAAAUGUCAUCCAUUCAAUUUGACAAUGGUGAAGAUCAAAGAUAUAAAAUAGAUUCUAGAAGUGAUUUGGACAGCAAAAGGCAAAGCGAUUUAGAUCAGAAUAAUGUUCAGAAUGAUGAAGAAUUGAAUGAAUUGGACGAUCGAAAAAAUGAAAGGUUUGACGAGUCAGACGACGAUACAAAUGCAGAGUUGAAUACAUAUGAUGACUGCUUAUCAGAUUUCGAUCGUAUGCUGGCUAAACGUAAAGAGGAGCAGUCUCGGCGACGGAAAAGAAAAGAUAUCGAUAUUAUCAAUGACAAUGAUGAUAUAAUUGCUCAACUAUUAGGAGAUAUGAAGAAUGCUUAUGAUGAAGAUAGAAAAUUAAACGAACUUGGUAAACCAGCUAUGAAUAAGAUAGCAAUGCUACCAAAAGCAUUAUCUCAGUUAAAAAAGCAUGACCUACAAUUAGCAUUUCUAGAACACAACGUUUUAUCAGUUCUUACAGAUUGGUUGUCACCUAUGCCCGAUCGAUCACUUCCAUCUCUUAAAAUUAGGGAUUCUUUGUUGAAACUAUUAUGUGAGUUUCCUCGAGUUGAUCAGUCUUCUCUUAAGCAAUCUGGUAUUGGAAAAGCGGUUAUGUAUAUUUAUAAGCAUCCAAAAGAAACCAAAGAAAAUAAAGAACGUGCUGGUAAACUUAUCAAUGAAUGGGCAAGACCAAUUUUUAAUUUAUCGGCUGAUUUUAAAGCUUUGUCAAGAGAAGAACGACUUCAACGAGAUUUAGAACAAACUCCCAUGAAAAGAAGGAAAACUCAACAUGAAAUUACUUUACAAAAGUCACAAGAUAUCAAUAAAGCUUUAAAAGGCGAUUCCAAACCACUUCGACCAGGUGAUCCCGGAUGGGUAGCAAGAGCAAGAGUGCCACUUCCUUCAAAUAAAGAUUAUGUUGUACGACCUGAGUGGAAAAGUGAUAUCGACAUAAGCAGAGUUUCUAAAAAACAGAUGAAUAGAUUUGAACGUCACAUGAAAAAUUUUAUUGAUGGAAAAAGGAUGAGGUCGGCUCGUAGAGCAGUAGAUAUAUCUAUAGAAGGAAGAAAAAUGUCACUGUAAUAUAUCUAAUUCCAUACAUUUCUGUCUUCUAAUAAACAUAAUAUUUGAUGAAAAAUAUUACAUGGUUUAAAGAAACAAAAGUUUGUUUCUAAUUUUCUUAACCUAUUAUGAGCUACGCAAAGAUUGAAUGAGAUGAAAUCGGACUAAUUAUACCACUUUUAAUAUAACAUGAAAAUAAUACACCCGUC